UCAAUCCUUGCGGGUGCUUUUAUUGGAUCUGCUGCUGUCAAGCAGUGCUGAAGAAUUGGAAGGGCAAACGCGAGUAAGGCAGAGAAAGACUAACAGAAGACACAAUUAUGUGGCUGAUUUCUACCUUUACGUCUAAAAAUGACCAACAUAAGAUUUCCUUUUGGGGGACCUGAAACUUACCGCCGUAUAUCAUUUUCUGUUUUUGUGCGAUUGCAUUAGGCAGAGGUGGUACCACAGAUAAUUUGACAGCCUCUACAUCUUUUUUUUCAAAAAGAGGAAAAAUUGUGGGCCUUUGAUUCACUGCUGCCCAUUUUACUGCUUCAACCUACUGAGGAUUUUUUUCUUUCCACGUUGACAAUGGUUGCUUGAAUGAGGUUUUACGCAAUGAAUUAUAUUUUUCGUAAUAGUUAUUUUUUUGGCAGAUAAAUGGAAUGUUUUAUUGGACUACACGCAUUUUGUUGCACGGGGGAGCCUUCAAGUCGGAGCGAAUGCCGGAGGAAUAGGCUUAGUGAAUAUUUGAGCCUGUUGAUGAUGAAUGGCACAGAAGUGGAGCAAACUGUCGUGAGAACCGGUUUGUGCCUAAUGUCUUGAAUUGAAGUGGGUAACCAGAUUGUGAAAGGAAAGGAGGACAUCCCACUAAAUUGGAUGUUUUUGGGUGGAGAAGGCGACAUAACCCAAAGGCACGGACGAAAAUGGAUAAAACUAUUACAUAAAUCGAGGAGGACUGGCAUUCACUAGUGAAGAGCAAAGUUAAGAAUGUGUAAAUGAUGUGGUACGAAGAGGAGUGCUGCGAGUGUGAUAGAUAAAUAGCAUAUGGGAUUGGGCUGUCGAAUUGAAGUGUAGCGGGAUUAAUGUUAGCGAGAAAAAAAUCGCCACUUUGAAACAAAAUAUACUGUCUAUAAUUUACUUCAUGUAAAAGGCAGAAAGGAAAUCUGUUUCCUGGUUGGGGGGGGGGGAAGGAAGAUAUAUUAUUCAUGGUCUCAGUGAGGGAAGCGGUGGAGAGAAUUUUGCAUUAAGAUUAAAAAGGAAAAAAGAAGACGUCAAGGAGAAACCGAAUAAUUGGAGGGCAGAAGCAGAGCACUUAAGCAAAAUAAAUUGGUUAAAGUGGCGUUGAAGCAUGGGCUGUGCUUCAAGCAUUCAUAUCUCUGAUAGGGUGGUCUAUCAUAGUGGAAAAGAGUCCGAGGAGUCCCACUCGCCCCAGCAGACCAAUACCACUCAGCAAUCUCAGCAGCAAGGAAAUCCAGCCCAAGGAUUACCAAUUAAACCCUCAAGUUGCAAGACCACAUUAACAGAGGUGCAGUUUGGACCAAUGAAGUUAUACGAAGAUCAGCUUCAGGUACUUUUAGUGUUUGCCAAAGAAGACAGCCAGAGCAAUGGCUUCUGUUGGGCCUGUGAGAAAGCCAACUUCAAGUGCAGCAUAGCCCGAACGCCUGAAUCUGCACUCGAGUGCUUCCUAGAAAAGCAUCAUGACCUCAUUAUCAUCGAUCACAGACAUUCCAGAUAUUUUGAUGCAGAAGCACUAUGUCGGUCAAUUAGAGCGGUGAACUCAUCAGAAAACACUGUGAUUGUUGCUGUUGUGAAAAGGCCGGACCGUGAAGAAGCCACUCUGAUGUCUCUGAUAGCUGCAGGAUUUAACAGACGGUAUGUGGAGAAUGCCAACAUGAUGGCCUGCUACAAUGAGCUUAUCCAGCUGGAGCAUGGAGAAGUGCGGGCACAGUUCAAGCUAAGAGCCUGCAAUGCUAUUUUCACCGCUCUGGAGCAGAGUCAAGAGGCCAUUGAGAUCACAAGUGAAGAUCAAGUGAUUCAGUAUGUAAACCCCGCAUAUGAGUCCAUCAUGGGAUACCAGAAGGGGGAACUCAUAGGGAAGGAAAUCAUAGAAGUGCCUAAAAGCGAGAAAAAUAAGCCUGAUCUCCUUGAAACUAUAAAUUCUUGCAUACGGAAAGGAAAGGAGUGGCAAGGGAUUUAUUAUGCCAAAAAGAAGAAUGGAGACAGUGUCCAACAAAAUGUGAAAAUUACACCUGUUAUUGGACAGGGAGGAAAAAUUAGACACUAUGUGUCUAUUAACAGGCCUUUAAAUGAUAAUAAUAAGACUGAGAAAUCCAGUGAUCGUGUACAAGCUGAAUCUCAGACAGAUAUCCAGUCCUGCAAACACAAGGACAGGAGGAAAGGCUCCCUGGACGUCCGCUCCACUACAUCACGAGGGAGCGAUGGAAGCUCCCAGAGAAGGCACUCCUCUAUGGCCCGGAUCCACUCCAUGACCAUAGAAGCACCAAUAACGAAGGUGAUAAACAUCAUCAACGCAGCGCAAGAGAGCAGCCCCAUGCCUGUGGCGGAGGCCCUGGACCGCGUGCUAGAGAUCCUGAGAACCACCGAGCUCUACUCCCCCCAGCUGGGCACCAAGGAGGAGGACCCCCACACCAAUGACCUUGUCGGGGGGCUGAUGACGGAUGGCUUACGAAGACUAUCUGGAAAUGAAUACAUAUUUUCAACAAAACAGCCUCAUCACAUCCCCAGUCACCUGACCACACCACUCUCACUCAACGACAUCCCCCCUCGGGUGGCCCAGACCAUGGAAAAUGAAGACUCAUGGGACUUUGACAUCUUCAACCUAGAGGCAGCCACUAUAAAGCGGCCUUUAACCUUCUUGGGUUUAAAGAUCUUCUCGCGCUUUGGCGUGUGCGAGUUCCUAAGCUGCCCCGAGGCCACGCUCCGGUCAUGGCUGCAGGUGAUCGAGGCCAACUACCACUCCAGCAACUCCUACCACAACUCCAGCCACGCAGCGGACGUACUGCACGCCACCGCCUACUUCCUCUGCAAGGAGAGAGUUAAGCAAAGCCUGGACCCCAUAGACGAGGUCGCAGCCCUGAUUGCCGCCACAGUGCACGACGUCGACCACCCGGGCCGGACCAACUCCUUCCUGUGCAAUGCUGGGAGCGAGCUGGCCAUCCUGUACAAUGACACGGCUGUCCUGGAGAGCCACCACGCUGCCCUGGCCUUCCAGAUCACUACCAGGGACGACAAGUGCAACAUCUUCAAGAACAUGGAGAGAAACGAGUACCGCACACUCCGGCAAGCCAUCAUUGACAUGGUCCUGGCCACCGAGAUGACCAAGCACUUUGAGCAUGUCAACAAGUUCGUCAACAGCAUCAAUAAACCCUUGGCAGCCUUGGAGGAGAAUGGGGGGAAUGGGGAUGAGGAAUCUGUCAAAGGCAUUUUGACAACUCCGGAGAAUCGGAUUCUUGUGAAACGCAUGCUCAUUAAGUGCGCCGAUAUCUCGAAUCCCUGUCGACCAUUGGAGCUGUGUAUUGAGUGGGCUGGCCGCAUUUCAGAAGAAUAUUUUGCACAGACGGAUGAGGAGAAGAGACAGGGCCUCCCAGUGGUCAUGCCCGUGUUUGACAGGAACACCUGUAGCAUUCCCAAAUCCCAAAUCUCCUUCAUUGACUAUUUCAUCACAGAUAUGUUUGAUGCCUGGGAUGCAUUCGCAGACCUCCCGAAUCUCAUGCAGCACCUGGACAACAACUACAAGUAUUGGAAAGGCCUCGACGAGCGGAAGCUCCACAGCCUGCGCCCUCCGCCGGAGUAGAGCCCUCGGCGUUCCGCCCCUCCUCGCCACAGCGCUGCCGCCUGCUCCAGCCACUCCCCAGCAGGCCUCCAGGCAGUGUCUCCCCGGAGUCUGCGCACCGCACCGCAAAGCCCCACCCCCCCAACUCUGCCACAGCGCACACUCUGGCACCGCGGCCCUGGUCUGGCCCAGCCUGGCUCGUCCCAAUCCACCUGCCUUUGUAAGCUUUAGUCCAGCUCAAAACACAGACUGCAGGCCAUCGACCUGCUUCACGGAGAACGGACAGGCGACAUGAUGGACACGCACGAGACUGGAGACACGGGAGCACGAAAAAAGAAAAAAAAAGAUACACACACACUUGUCCUCUGCGCACCAGUGGUGGCUCAGCUGGACUGGUGAUGUCUGGUGACUCUGUCUGGGCGAGCCCCUCUUGCCCCUCUACAGAACAAAUGGGGUCUGGCCUGCUCCUUCCAAUGCAAGCAUGGACGAUGUUUGUUAGACUGCACAGCUGUAGCAGAAGGAGAGAGAUGGAAAACAAACAGACCCUGAAACAAAAGAUGCUUAGAAACCUUUUAAGAGGCAUCUUUCAUGAGAGGGGAGUGAGGUGUUGGGAAGUAGUGUAGAAAACUACGGGGAGUGACUGUGUGUGUGCAUGUGUGUCUGUGUGUGCGUGUGUGUGGUGAUGUUCACCCAGACCCUGGCACCGCGACAGGACUGCUCAUGCUCAUUCUUUCAGAAGAAAGACUGUAGAAUCACACUCCACCUGUACUGGUCCUUGCUGUUGUAUUUUUUUUUCUUUGAUUUGGGUUUUUUGAUUUCCCUUUAAAAUACGUGUCUACUAUGCUAAUCCUUGACUUUAAAAGGAUAUGUGGCAAAUUCCACAGUCCUUCUAUGGCAGUCCUAAAAAGCAAAACCAACGCUUAUUUAGGAUGCUAACUGAAGACGAAACAAAUGUAACCAUCUGGAACAAAGGUCACUAUUACAGAUUGACAUUGAUAUAUUUAUUUUGUUUUUUUAGAUGUUCAUUAUUUUCUAUACUAAAAUAAAUAAAUGAAAUUAUUAAUUAGCUAAUGAAAUGGAAGAAAGAACAAAGUUAAAAAGCAAAGAAAGCCAAAGCUGAUUAACAGAAAUUAUAAUCCAGUAAGUCUUGUCCAUAUUUAAUACCCGUAGAGAAAAAAAUCAUUCACAUAAAGACAUUUUUAUUUUCUUAUUACAAAUACUAGUUUGAAUGACACAUUUAUAUUGCACUGUAAACAAUGAUGGAUAUGUAAUAUUCUCUCAUUUUUGUCCAAGGCUGGGAUACUGAAUUUGGGAAUAAGCUCUUAAGUUGUUGUUCACUUGGGUGUUUGGUUGUGUGUGCGCAGAGACACCACUGCGAGAUGAUGCUGUAUAUCACACGGCACUCGGCGAACAGCAGAAAUCUGUGAAAAGAAAAGAAAAACAUAUUUUGGACUUGAAAUGAUUUUUCUCCCAGAAUUUUUUGUAUCUGGUUUAUCCUACUGAAAAGACUGCCUUAUUUUAUACAAUAUUUAUACAGUACAUCCCACUGUGUAUCCACAAAGGACAUUCUGGAGUUUUUAAUAACAUAGUAAGAAAGUUAUGUUCACGUAAAUCUCAAUAUUUUUAUAGACUAUGAAUUUUACACUGGAGCAUCAAAAAAUGAAACCGCUAUUAGCAUUUGUGGAAAAUGUUUGCCCACCAGAAUGGCAUUACAUUUGGCAUGGAAACAAUGAAGUCUUUGGGAAGUUUGGUAGCAUUGUGAGAUACAGAAUGGUCAAUCACUGUUACCAUCUCCUCUCGUUGCAGAUUGCCUACUUGGAGGGGUAUGAAAUAUUGGCAGUUCCGUCAACUUUACACAAAAAAACAGGAUUAUACUUGAGCCUCUGUCGGGCUUCUAAUUAGCAUACUAAUAUAUGUUUAAGAACUUUCCUUAUUAAGAGAAUUUCCUACUAAAAUAUAUUUAAAAAAUGCCAUACUACCAAGCAAACACUGGUCAACACGAUAUUUUGAUCAAACUGUUUCUCUCUGUCAAAACAGAAAUGUUAUAUAAAUCAGGGGAUUUUUUUUAUGAUUCACCAUAACUUCAGGUCUGACAGCACCACAACAAAUGAAAAAAAAAAAAAAAUAGAAAAUGUUCAAUGGAUAAUAAAGUAAUAUUGUAUUAUGUUUCUGAAAUGCUCACAUUACUUGCCAGGAAGAAAGUCCCUUAAGGCCCAUAGUCCAGCCAUACAGGUACCAUGUCUGUUGUGUCCUAUGUCAAGUAUCUCCUGAUGUUAUAUCUCCCACAUCUACGCACAGGUAUCAAGCUCAAUGCUUUAUGUCACAGCUUUAAGCCUGUCAUUAGAUUUUUGUGUAAUUCUUCAAGAAAUUUACUCAUAACUACAUCAACAAGAAUGACAAAGGUCACAGAGUUUUGCUGGGAUUGUGUUGUCUGGGCUUAUUGUAGCAUUUUAAUGUUUUGAUAAAAAAAGAACUAUCGUUCAGUCUCCAGGUCUAUACCAACAUUAUAUCAUUCAUGUUACACUGUUACGGCAAUGUUUGUUUCUGGAGUCUUGUUGACUUGAAAAGGAGGGGACGAUAAGUCUGGCUGACAAAAGGAAUGUCCUCUCACAAGUCUGUGAGAUGGGUUAAGGUCAGUCCCUCACUCCCUCGCUGGAUGGAGAGUGAUGUUUUUUUGUGUGUUAAGGCGACCAUCUCGCCUUUGAUCAGGUCUUUUCUUCAUCGUGUGUGUGUUGCAUCAUGUUGCCAUCUGCACAGCUUUGAGUAUGAUGAGAUGACCUCAUCAUGAUCAUUCCUUGCCCUUAAAAGGUCAGCACACUUGCCAAUAAGCAGCCAAGCACUGAGGUACUCCGUAUUAACCCUAAACUUAUGAAAUUCCACAGUCACUUGCUUAGUUUCAGGCACAAUAAUAACCUCUAGUAUGUAAACUCCAGUAGUAGUUUCAGUUCAAUGGUAGCCUUACUACUUUUUAUCAGAGGUUGUGGCUUCAAAGGAUAUGGUUUGCAGAGGACCUCCAUCUCCUAGGUUGUUAAUGUAGCGUGGAAAUGUUAUGUGCAGUGGAAUCAAAGUGGGACCACGCUACACCACAUGAUCCCAUGUGGAAGAUCUGGUGUUGUCUUUUGUUUUGAUGCUGAUGUCUAUGAUCUGCCAUCUAAUUAGAGUACAUCAAAAGGUUUGUGCCUAAAUUCUGAUGUUUGAUGUGGGAAUCAGUAAAAUGCUUUCCAGUCAGCAGACCAGCCCAUUCUGGUCAUUAAAAUGGUAGCCUGCUGUGCAUGACCAGCCUUUAAGUGAAAAGAAUGUCAUUGCAAAGACUGUGGCUUAUAUCCAGACAUAUAUAUUUUAAUGAAUUGUGUUCCAGGAUUCUGUGUAUCUAUCAUUUUCCACCGAUAUAAAUUUAUCAAGAUGUGUUUGACUUGACCAUUCUUAAUAUUGUAUUAUCCUGCAUAAGUACAGUUCUCACACUGUAGGACCACCAGUGCAUGGAGACAGACAUCCUUUAGUUAAUAAAAGGACCAUGAUUGUA